AUGCCUCACCCCCUUCUUCAGACCGAGGCUGAUCACAGCGCCCCUGUCGUCCUUCCUCCCCCUAACGCUACUUCUCUCACCCCAAAGGAGCGCAACCCAAUCUAUCUCCGCUCCUUUCUCCGCUAUGCCAUCGGCGCCGCCGCCACAUCCACCAACGAAGCCCUCGCCCUACGCGUGAUGAAGCACGACCCCGUCUUCAACACCUACACCCUGAUCCCCAUGAAAAACUCGCGCCUCAAGAAACCUGGUGAUCUUGAGGUCGUUGUCAUCACCGCCGCGGAAAUGAAGAAGAUGCCUGAUCGCUGGGGGGGCAAGAUCACAAAGGAUACAACUACGCGCACGGGCCCGAGUUUGGCGGAGUUUCCGGGCUCGGUUCCUGAGUUUGGGGAGGUGAAGGACGUUGGGCUGGAGGUUCUGGCGUGGAGGGUUUUUGGGAGUGAAGAUAAGGUGUUUAUGGAUACGGAUGGAUUUGGACUUCCGGGCGUGUCGGGAAUGAUUCAGGCUUGGUUCGAGCGUAUCUGA